AUGCCUCCGGCCUGGGCCCUCCUGCUGCUCCUGGGCCUGGGCGCCCGCGGAGGCCGCGGCUGCCUGCAGUGCGAGGGCUCGGUGGUGGAGGCCCUGAGCCAGCUGCGCUGGACGCUCAUCCCCCAGGGCUUCCACCAGGAGCAGCUGCGCGCCCGCGCGCAGACCCUGCUGGUGGCCAUGGAGGGGCCUUUCUUCCGGGACUUCGCGCUGAACGCCUUUGUGGGGAAAGUGGGACUAGAUCAUCUGGAACUCGUGGUGACCUUUCUGAAGAAUGAAACCACCGCCUUGCGGAACACUUCCCUGAGAGACGGGCCUCUGAUGGAGGAGCUGGUGGCUUUUCGCGAGAGGGUGCUCAAGAAGCUCAAGCAAGCUUUAAAAUCAUACGAAUUAAAAGCCUGCGAUCGUAAAAGCUGCCAUUUCCUAAAAGAAGAGGUCUUGGACUGUCUAACCUGCCAGAAGACCAGCCCAAAAUGCAUUAAAAGAAGGUACUGCUUCGGGCUGUCACAUACAGGCAAAACCGAAAACUCUUGCUGCAGUGAGAUGGAGGUUUUGGAGUUUGUAAGGGGAAAGGAAAAGAAGUUUGAUAAAGUUUAUGACAAAUUCCUCAAUGUCUCCAGCCUUUACAUGGGGGGAAGGGGGGGCUUCAGCUGGUGUCCAGCUCUCUCUCUGCCUGACUGGGUGCUCCUCAAGAUUUGGGGACGCGACUCGCUCAUCUACUUCACUUCCCAGCAUUCCGUCACCCUCCUCGGCGUUAGGCCGAAAGGAGCGUGCGCUGCGAUGGUUUCUGGGAAUUGUAGUCCUGCCGAGCGGCCGCCGUUAAAGCGCCGGGACAGCAAGCGCGCAGGCGCGUUCCGCGGCUUCCGGGCGCUGCUGAGAGCUGGGAUCCCAGCCAUGGCCACUGGGGCACUGGCGGCCGAGGACCGGGACUCGCUGGCCUUCACGGACGUUGCGGUGGACUUCACCCUGGAAGAGUGGGGCUGGCCGGGCCCCGGCCAGAGGGUGCUGUAUCAGGACGUGAUGCUGGCAAACUACCAGAACCUUCUCUCCCUGGCCCUGGCUCUGUCCUCGCCCCAGAGCCCCUGUCCACUUGCCCGCACGCUGCCUGCCUGA